AUGUAUGUUGCAGUAGUGGUAGAUAAUCAUGCGAAUGAUGAUGAAUUGGUGUCGAAAAGGCCUGGGCCUGUCGUUAAUGAAGAUCCUGAAUUAAUCGAGAUUGUGCAAUAUCUGAACCCCACAGCACAACUAGUUAAAGCAGAUAUGCUUAAAAAUACAAGGGAAACACAACAAGAAGUUCCAACUAAUAGUGCCGU